GUCGCUCUGCCUCCACCGCGCGCUCACCACCCGGGCAACUUCCUAACUUUUUUUUUUUUUUUUUUUUUGGCACAAGACUGAGGUAGAGUGAGUGUAGUUUUAUCACUUUCCUUGGCAUUAUAUUCAUCUUUCAACAAUACUCUUCGCAAGAUUUGUCCUGGUUUUCUCCUCGGUCUGAACUUGGUUUUCAUCAGACCACACAAAACUCCCAGAUUGUUGCUUUAAAGAAACUUCCGGUCCAAAGUCUCGCUCCACGAUGCUGAUCAUCUUAUUCCUCAUCAUCCUCUUCCAUGUGGCUGCAGCUGCUCUGCUCUUUGUGGCCACGAUCUACAACGCGUGGUGGGUGGUGACACCUACUGGCCUCGAUGUGAUCUACACCGACCUGUGGUACUCCUGCAACAGCACGUGUAUCCCAGUGGAGAACAGCCACACGAGUAGUGCAGCCUUUCUGCAGACGGUCCAGGCCACCAUGAUCCUGGCCACCAUCUUGUGCUGCGUCAGCUUCUUCGUCUUCAUCCUGCAGCUCUUCCGACUCAAACAGGGAGAGAGAUUUGUUUUCACUGCUAUAAUCCAGCUCCUGGCCUGUUUGUGUGUAAUGAUCGGCGCUUCCGUCUACACCGCCCAAAAGGAGAGCUUCCAUGUCCCGAGUCUCCGGGACGGUUCCUACGGCGCGUCCUUCAUCCUGGCCUGGGUGGCGUUCCCGAUGACCCUUCUGAGCGGCCUCAUGUAUCUAGUACUGAGGAAACGCAAAUAGAACGAUACAAACGCAACAUAACACACGUAGGAAUACUUACAAGUCUUUCUUUAGCUUUUGAAUUGUGAGUCAGGAUUCUGCUGGUGCACUGCUGUCGCUGACGUAAACAAACUCGGCCUUGAAUAACUGAAUAUUGCAUAAGAACUUGCUAUGAAAUUGUUCAAAUGUGUCACUGUUGUUAUCAAAUUUAAUGUAAUAGGAUCGUUCAAAAUGAAGUAGAGCUGCAAGAUUAAUCAAAAUGAAAUCUAACCGAAAUCGCAGUUUGAAUGGACGCGAUUUUUAGCAAGUCUCAAACUGCAAAUACGGGAUUUUUUUUACAUUUCUGUGAAUACUCUGCACGUUUAACUGGGCGAUUGAUGUGUCAGAGGAGAAGCACUUGAUCUAAAAACUCCCGUACACUGUCUCACACAACGUGGCGUUUCGGUCGCUCUGAUGGUCCCGAUGCCCGUGUGAAUAAAAAUGAAUCAAAAGAGUGAGACAGUGUGCGGGACUUUCAGAUCAAGAGUUUUCUAAGCACCAAAAUUUCCUCCACAAACAACAAAAUAUCCCAGUUUAUUCUGCAUAAAAAUGGCUAACGCUAUAGUUUAGAUUUGUGUAGUUUAUGUAGUUGUCAGUUAUGUCAGUUUUGCUAAUAUUAGAACAUAAGCUUAUCUGAAAAAUCGCCAAAUUUCACACCUCUAAAAUGAAAUCCAUCGAUAGUCGCAAUCAAUUCCACACUGUAAUCUUAUUCCUUUAUUAUUCAUUUCUUGUUUUGUUACAUCCGUCUCUGCAUAUUUGAACUUUUUUCUAAUCUUUUCUUACCUGGCAACCUCAGCAUUCUCACUUCUCCAUAGGUAUUAACAUUUAAAAACUCAAUAAUUUAUCUAACUUCAACUAUUCUCCUGCCAUUUCUCCUCAUCUUUUCUUAAAACUCCAAUAUAAUCCGGUUUUAGCCCAGUUUAGUCCUGAUAUAGACUCGGUUUGGUCCUGUUUUAGCCCUGGGUUUGAUGUGUUUGUGCAAGUGUGAACGCAGCCUAAUUCAGCUACUGUUUUAGCCUCAUUUAAACUGUUCCAACCUGCCAGCUGAGGGCGCACUGAGUCAGUUUCCUCUGCGCUUUAAUACCUCCACAUAUCCAUUAAUUAUUUUUACUAAUUAAAAUACCAUAUCCAUCAUUUUAACGCCAUUAUUUCCAAACAUGGCUCCUCAUUUUUUUAGUCUUCAAAUAACAUUUUUCAGGUAAUUUUGUUUUAUUUUGGUCGUUUAUUCCAAUGCACUGACCCAAAAAUCACCUGUACGACAUCUAUCGUUCAUUAUGUUACAAAUUACCUCUUGCAAUAUUCUCACAAUUGCAAAACAUUUAAAGAACCAAAUUUUGUGAAGUCAUUUGUAAAUAUUUGCUGUGUCUGUAUCGUUUAGAUGAAUGUCGUUCUCUUUAGUUGUAGUUGUGGCUUUAUUUGUAGAAUUUGAACUUUCUUGUUACUGACUUUUGUGGGUUAUUUUUGUUAUUUUUGUUAUUUUAUUUUUUUUAAAUGAUGCCAAAGACACUGUGGCUUUUGGGACAACAACAUUGAAACAUGCAAUUUGAAGUGACCUUUGAAGGAACAUUGUUGUGUAACACCGAAUCUGUUUGACCACUGUAUUUUCAUGUGAUGGUGCAAGAAAAAAGUAUUUUGGUCUCACUUGAAGUAGAUGAUAACAUUGCAAAGGUAAUAUUUUCUAACUAAUGACAUUUUGUAGCAUAAUGCUGUGGGUUGUUGCAUUGUUGACAAUAGUUUUAUGUAAAAAUAAACUUCAUUUG